AUGAUUUCUCGUAAAGGCCAAAAAACUGUAAAUGAGGGAGUUGUUGGUAAAUACAUCAAGAAGGAUACACCACCUGAUUUGCCAAUUAUUAAUGUUUGGACAACUGGAUACAAUAGAAGACCUAGGAGUCAGCCAUUUGGAAAUAGUGAUGGAAGUUCACAAAGUAUAGAGAAUAAGUUUGGUAAAGCUCAAACAAUGAGCGGUCAUGCUGGAAAAUAUACACCUAGUGAGUCAGUGCCAAAUUUAGCCCACAGGUUUGCUAAUAUGUCUACUGGGAGUGAGAUUAGUAGUAGUGUGACAAGCAACUAUAAUUCCCAACUCCAUUUAGAACCAAAUAUGGCUUCACAUUCCACCUUAAAUGAUAUAGAUGAAUCAUUUAGUCGGCAGAGCAGUUAUAGAUUCUAUAGACAAACUCAGGAGGACCCAAUAUAUCAAAAUCAACAACAAGUUCAACAGCAAAAACAACAACAAUACUCGUCUAGAGAAUCAAGCAUGCCAAGACUGUCGUCAAAUUUAAGUUUAACCCCCAGGCACAAUCAAUCACCUCCACAUUCUAUGAGACUACAUGUAACUGAAUCUCACAUACAUACGUCAAGCCAGGGCUCACCAAUUUAUACAAACUAUGUUAAUACACCCGCUCUUCCAUACAAAAGUCAUGGUGGAAACAUGAUUGCCUCUAGUCAGGGAUCAGAUGAAUGUGAUUUACCCCUGCCACCCGGAUGGUCUGCCGACCGUACGCUAAGAGGCCGUCGCUACUACAUGGACCAUAACACACAAACCACGCAUUGGACUCACCCGUUAGAGAGUGUUCCGCGCCCUUGGCAGCGAGUCUCGACGCCUCAACACGGUGUUUAUUAUUUUAAUGAAAUAACACACCAAACAACAUAUGCACACCCUUGCUUAGUUGGAGGCUGUUAUUUAGUAAGUCCCCUUGUACCUACAUUGGUACCUCCAUAUCUUUUAGAAGAAAUACCACAUUGGCUUGUUGUCUAUUCAAAAGCUGAUCAAGAAUUGGAUCACAAGUUGCGAUGGAACAUGUUUCGCUUAAGUGAGUUAGACUGUUACUCAGAUAUGUUGACUCGUCUUUACAAGCAGGAGCUGCAGUUGAUUGUUAUGAAGUAUGAACAAUACAGGUCAGCAUUGUUACAAGAAUUUGAAAGAAGAAGACGGGCCAAAUCCUAUGGUGCACUUACUAAUCAAUGA